AUGGAAACCACCAAAGUCUUCGUUUCUGCAAAGCGCAACGAUUGGGCCGAUCUGGCCACGAGCGUUAGCAAGCUCAAGGGAGCCAACGACUACGACCGUUGGGAUAUCGCCCUAUCAGACUACUUGAAGGGCAAGGGAGCCUACGGUCACCUACUCGGCAAACGUCGCGAGCCCUACCGCCGCGUCGAUAUCGUCGACGGCGUCGAUCAAUACGUUACGCCAGACCUCGAGCUUGGUGAAGCACCUCCUCGUGGCCCGUACCUCGACGUCGACACUCUACGCGAGAAGCUAGGGCCUGCAAUAAGCAAGAGAUAUGACGAUUUAGUCGCCAAGGGCGUUGUGACGCCCACGCAAGCUAUCGUCUCGACGGACGUUUCCCUCAUCUCUCGUCUCUCAGCUCAACUCUCGUCACCCAAAACACCUUCCAAGGGCUCGUCCGUCCUUCCUCCCAUGUCUACACUUCUCUCAAAGAGACCAGAAGCCGAGGACGACACGAUAAAGCCUGCCGAUAAGGAUCUCUCACUCUCUCAGAUAGAGACGCAGAUAGAGAAACAGGUCCUUAACAACAGAGAGCUUGCUACGUGGUCCGACUGGGCUAACAACGAGCGUCUUGCGCGUGUCGCCAUACUCAAGACCAUCCCUGACGAUCUAGCGAUCGACGUACGCGAGAAGUUCUCUGCACAGGAUAUCUACGAGCAUCUCAAGACGCGCUUCCGCAAGGAGAAUGUUUCUAGAAUCUCUCAGAUCAAGGCAAAGGUCCACAGCACGCGUCUACAAGCUGGUGCAAACUCUGUAGUCUGCAACACAUUCUUCAAGAGCUUCAUAACGAACUACGCCGCCAUGGCUAGGCUUCAAAAGCCCUACGCAGACGACGAAAAGGUGUCCACCAUCAUUGGCGCCCUACCUGUGACCUACAAGAUCCUCAUUGAGACGACCUGGCGCGCGCAGACCGACAAAACUUGGGACAACUUCACCUCCGUGUUCUACGACUUCAUCAAUGACCUCAAGAACACCGAGCGUAUCCCUGCCGUCGAGAGCAACGCCUCUUUGACGAUCACCAAGGGCGGCAAGGCUGGUCAGCCAAACGCAGCAAGGACCAAAAAGGGCAAAGACGGCAAAGUCGCUAAACACUGCGAUAACCAUCCUAACAGCACGUCGCACGACACGUCAGAGUGCGUCAAAGGCCCGCCGCAGAAGGGCGACAAGAAGAAGGACCAGAAACAGGUCGACAAGGCGCCCACGCCCGCACCUACGAGCAGCGCGUCGAUCAUCGAGAUUGAAGACGCCUAUUACGAUGGCUCUAGCAGCAGCAUGGCCGUCAAGCACGUCCCGUUAUCAUCCUCCGCUAACAUGACCGUCGAGUGUUUCUCAUCCUCGUCUUCCUCCUCCUUCAAGUUCCUCGUCGACACCGGCUGCACAGAGCACAUUGUCGGCGAUCAGUCAAUCCUCUUUGGCGUCAAGCCAGUUCCGGUUCCUUUGCGCGUACGCCUCGGUGGCUCGCGUUUCCACCUCAUCCUCUCUACUGUCGGCUCUAUGCGCAUCGCGCAAGACGACAACACUACCGUUAUUCACGACGUCUACUAUUCUGCGGACACGACCGAUUUGACGAUUUCAACCAAGGCUCUACGCCGUCACGGUUGGACCGUCGACCUCCACAAUUUCCGCAUCUACAAGGGCAAGGUCAUCUUCAAGACGGACGACAGCUACGAGGGCGGCCGGCCAGCGGUCGAUUUGCAGGUUACCUCGUCGUCCUACGCUGCCAUGACCACCAGACGCCCACCAUCUACAUCUGCGAGCGUUAAACCUUCAAACGCGCCCAGAACGCAGUCGAUUCCCACGCUCGACGCUACGCAGACGAGCGCGCAAACGCCGCAAAUGCCGGUCGUGGCGCCACGCUAA